AUGGUCCGUGCAGUGAUCACUGGUGGGAGGGUAACUUUGGCAGGCCACUGCCCUGGAUCAGGACCUCGCUCCACUGAAUCAACGCUCCAGACUCAUACCCCACGCUAUAGUUUAAGAUAUUUCGCCUCCAUCUCUUCCCAGUGGCUCCAGAGGCUUAAGGCUUUUAUCGGCCUACCUGCAAGGAUGUCGACGCUUACAAGGACCCUGAAGUAUCUGUUUCGAAUUGGCCCCCGCCAAUAUGCCCGCCAGAUGAAUGUAUGUUACACCUCUGCUAUUCUCUGAUUCUCGUCUUGCGAUAUCUUGUUUCCUGACAGAUUUUUUACCUUAGCGCAUGGGUAUAACAAAACCCUCAACUUGGGCGGGGGUAACGAGAUCCAAUUGACGAUAUCAUAGGUGACACCAAGGCGGGGACUCUCAUCGGUACAGAUCGUUUCGGAAACAAAUUCUACGAGAAUAACGAAGAAGAGUUGCCAUGUGAGUGGAAGGCCUUGCAUUACGGAAAUUGUUGCUGGUAGGGUUUGGGUACUGAUGAUUGAUGAUCCCUAACAUGUAGUGAGGACAAAAUGGGUUGAUUACAAGGAGUGGAAGGAAUACGAUGCGUGAGCUGUUCCGAACCUUGCGCAUUCUGGAGCCAGAAAUUUAUUGACAAGAUCUCGGAGAACUUAGUUCGCACGUUGAGCCUGGGUGGUAGGUUAUCCACCCUUGCGCUGUGCUUCCUAGCACCCGGAAUUGACAGAGACCAGGCAUGCAUGGCUCGCCUAUAUGGUCGACAAACCACCGGGAGCCGAGCCUGUUCUGAAUCAUGAAAUUAGAGCCUGGGAGAAAUCAGAGCACCUGGGCAAUCAGACUUUCGGUCGGGGUGCAUACAAGCCUUACUCCACGUGCGUGGCAAUGCGUCUUCACUCGUAGUUGAACGACGUCUGUGAACAUGAUUGCUAUUGCAUAUGGACAAAAGAUCGGCUGGAGCCUCAAGAGUUUGGUGGUAUACAAUAGCGGUCGUGUUCACAAGCGUUAGGAAAAUACGAGCAAGUGAUUUUUAACUUGAGAAGGGUUUAUACUGACUCGGGUAAUAGGACAAAACCGAAGCUUGACUCUUGGGAACCUGUAGCUAGAUCUAGAAUAUAGCUUGUGAGGGAUUUCUGCGUUGUGAUGAUAGU